CACACGUGGCUAAACUGGCUUUGUUGUUUGUCGCGAGCUGCUACCUCCAGUCCACCGUCGCCACAAGUCUCUGCUGUUCGCUUUUCCGUCUUUAAAGUUGGUCCUCGGACACACCCGAGCUGCUUUUGUGUCUUUUAAACGUCCAGCAAGAUGCCAUCCGACAGAGCCUUCAAGCAAAGGAGGACUUUUGCUGAGCGCUGCAAAGAAGUCGAGCAGAUCCGAGAACAGCAUCCCAACAAGAUCCCAGUGAUCAUUGAACGCUACAAGGGUGAGAAGCAACUUCCUGUUUUGGAUAAGACCAAGUUCCUGGUGCCGGACCACGUCAACAUGAGUGAGCUGGUAAAGAUCAUCAGGCGUCGUCUGCAGCUGAACCCCACCCAGGCCUUCUUCCUGCUGGUCAAUCAGCACAGUAUGGUUUCCGUAGCAACACCCAUCUCCGAGAUCUAUGAGCAGGAGCGAGAUGACGACGGUUUCCUUUAUAUGGUGUACGCCUCGCAGGAGACCUUUGGAUGCUAGGAAGAGCCGAGGGUCUUGGUCUUUUUUCAGUCGGUAACACUAUCCCACCAAAAGUCCCCAACCCCCUGCGCAACUUUUAUUCUUUUAACACUUAUUUAAUUAUAUUUUAUUUUGAAAGGCUAGCUUGUCUUCUAUCAACUGUUAGCCCGUGUUAGUGCUCAUGCUAAAAGGCACACGUGCAAUAUUUACAAUAUUGGACCUUCCUUUCUUCCAGCACCUUCCUGCUUGCUAGCAAACACGCAACACAUUAUUAGCAUUAGCACACCGUAGGGAAGCACAACAUUGAAAACUGAUAUGGUUUUUACUUCUCCAAGGGUAAACAAACUGUCCCUGCCACCAGGGCUGUCAAUCAAAUUGCUUUAGGGAUGCUCAAUUAACAUGCGCCACGUGUCGUCGUUCACAAAGCUAAACACGGCGACACGUUGGCACCUAUGCUGUUGGCGAUAAACUUCUUUUGCACAUCGCUUUUUUUUUUAGAAACAGCUUUCAUGACAGCGCAUGGUUCUUUUUUUAAAAGACAAACUGUACGCUUAUAGUUGUUCUUUUCAAAUCUCCAAACCAAAAAGUGGUAAAAAGUGUGUAUGAGAGUGUGAGUGUCAUGUCAUGAAGUUGUAUUUAAGUCUGUAAAUAGAUGUUAUGACGUCACAAAAAUUGCCAAAAAUUAAA